AUGUCAAUGAAAAAAAAUGAAUAUAGAGAAACCGCACUUCAUAUUGCAGCAUAUGCAAAUAGUAAAGAAAUUGCAGAAGUUCUUAUUUCACAUGGUGCGAAUAUCAAUGAAAAGGAUCAAAAUGGAGAAACCGCACUUCAUGAUGCAGCAUAUGCAAAUAGUAAAGAAAUUGCAGAAGUUCUUAUUUCACAUGGUGCGAAUGUCAAUGAAAAGGAUCAAAAUGGAGAAACCGCACUUCAUAUUGCAGCAUGGAAUAAUAAUAAAGAAACAGCCGAACUUCUUAUUUCACAUGGUGCCAAAAAAUAA